AUGAUUGAGGGAAUGGUGAAGGAUGGUGUUAUUGAACCUUCAUCUAGUCCAUGGUGUUCACCUGUGGUGCUGGUAAAGAAGAAGGACGGCAGCAUGCGGUUUUGUGUUGACUAUCGCCGCCUGAACGACAUUACAAAGAAGGACAGCUAUCCCUUGCCAAGAAUUGAUGACACGCUGGAUAUGCUUACAGGCGUAAAGUGGUUUAGUACGCUAGAUCUGAAAAGUGGCUACUGGCAGGUUGAAAUUGACCCUAAGGACAAGGAGAAAACUGCAUUCUCCACAGGAAAGGGUCUGUGGCAAUUCAAAGUCAUGCCGUUUGGAUUGUGCAAUGCUCCAGCAACGUUUGAAAGGUUGAUGGAGCUUGUACUUACCGGGCUAAUUGGAGAUGCUUGUCUGGUCUAUUUGGAUGACAUCAUCAUCGUAGGCCGUACGUUUGAGGAACACCUUCAAAACCUGGAACGCGUGCUCAUGAAGAUCCAGAGUGCCAACCUCAAGUUGAGUCCAAAGAAGUGCUCACUAUUCAAACGGCAAGUUAGUUUUUUGGGGUAUGUAGUGUCGGAAGAAGGUAUCCGCACGGAUCCAGAGAAAAUUGCUGCUGUCAAGGAGUGGCCGGUCCCAAAAGACAAGACACAGGUUAGAGCAUUUUUGGGUUUGUGCUCUUAUUAUCGGCGGUUUGUGAAGAACUUUGCAGAUAUAGCCAAACCUCUGCACAAGCUAAUCGAGGAGAAGCGACAAUUCUGCUGGGAUGAAAGUUGCGAUAUUGCAUUCCAGGAGCUCAAGAACCGCCUGUGCAAAACACCUAUUUUGGGGUACCCUGAUGCGGGCAAGGAAUUCAUAGUUGACACAGACGCAAGUGAUAUAGGACUUGGCGGUGUGUUGUCUCAACGGAAUGGUGAUCAAGAGAUUGUGAUAGCGUACUUCAGCAAGUCGUUGUCAAAGCCGGAAAGGAACUAUUGUGUCACAAGACGGGAAUUGCUUGCUGUGGUAAAGUCCUUGCAGCAUUUUAGCAAAUAUCUUCUAGGGCAGAAAUUCUACUUACGAACUGACCAUGCUGCACUGAAAUGGCUAUUGCAGUUCAAAAAUCCGGAAGGACAAGUUGCGAGAUGGAUUGAACUACUACAGGAAUACGACUUUGUGAUCGAACAUCGCAGCGGGAAAUCUCAUGGCAAUGCAGAUGCAUUGUCAAGAAGACCUUGCCCUGAAGAUUGCAAGCAUUGUACUAGGCAAGAGGGUAAGGAAGUGGUAUCUGUGAGAAUGCUCAGGACAGACCAGCUCAGCAAUGAGUGGAAGGACAGCCUACAACAUGCACAGCAGGAAGAUUCGGACAUUAAGCCGAUUCUGGAAUGGAUGAAGGCCAGUGCUCCUAAGCCCAAGUGGAGCGACGUCUCAGCAAUGAGUUCGACCACGAAAAGCUAUUGGGCCCAAUGGGACAGCUUGCUGAUUCAGGAUGGAGUCCUGUGCCGUAAAUGGGAAAAUGGUCGGGGAGACAGGUGUCAUUUGCAAAUGGUUGUCCCUAAGGCUAAAGUGCCGGAUAUUCUACAGCUGUACCAUAGUGGUUGUUCAGGAGGCCACCUGGGAGUUAAACGAACUCUCCUGAAGAUCCGAGAACGGUUUUACUGGGUCCACUGUCGUGACGAUGUCGAGGACUGGUGCCGCAAAUGUACAAGUUGUGCGGCUGUAAAGGGGCCUCAAAUUCGUAGUAGAGGCGCAUUGAAAUUGUACAAUGUUGGUGCACCAUGGGAGAGGAUAGCCAUUGACGUUGCGGGGCCGUUUCCAGAAACUGAAAGUGGUAACAAGUAUUUCAUGGUAGUGAUGGAUUACUUCACUAAGUGGCCAGAAGUCUUCGCCAUUCCAAAUCAAGAAGCUUCAACAGUUGCAGAUAAACUAGUUCAUGAAGUCUUCUGUCGUUUUGGAGUACCUUUAGAGAUUCACAGCGAUCAAGGAAGGAAUUUUGAGUCUCAAAUAUUCCAGGAAACUUGCCGAGUUAUGGGUACUCAGAAAACACGAACAACUUCUUACCACCCACAAUCUGAUGGAAUGGUAGAAAGAUUUAAUCAGACAUUGGAGAGGUACCUAGCAAAAGUUGUGGAAAAACGGCAACGAGACUGGGACAGGCACAUACAACCGUUUUUGUUGUCAUAUCGAAGCGCUGUUCACGAAAGUACAUCAGUGACACCAGCUUUCGCAAACUUUGGGAGAGAAUUGCGGCUGCCUGCAGACCUGAUCACCGGAAUACCACCUGAUGCCCCACGCAGUAUAACCGAUUAUGCAAAUGACUUGCGGAACAAAAUGAAUGACAUUUAUGAGCACGUCAGACAGACGGGCCAGCAAACGUCUGAGAAGAUGAAAACACGGUAUGACCGCAAAAUGAACAACAAGGGCUUUGAUGAAGGUUCACUAGUGUGGUUACACAAUCCAGUUCGCAGCAAAGGGAAAUCUCCUAAGCUUCAAGCUAAAUGGGACGGACCGUACCGGAUUGUGACAAGGAUCAAUGAUGUAACCUACCGGAUACAGAAAGGUGCCAGAGGUACUCCUAAGAUUGUCCAUGUGGAUCGACUGGCGCGUUAUUAUGGGGCCAAUAAUGCUCGGGACGAGCAUGUCUUAGGAGGGGGCAGUGUUACGCGCCACUAUUAA